AUGCCUCACGCCACGGCAAACGGCGACAACGUCGUCGAUGAUCUCGAUUUCCAGAAUGUCCUAGCUCAAAUCAAUGCUCCAGAUGGUGGGCAAUUCGAUUUUAUGGGACGUGAGUUGGAGACUGGCGAGAAAGCGGACGAUGCCAUCGACUUUGAGGAUUUUGACGAUGACGAUCUCCCCGAUGAAGAAGGGCCAGCGGCUCCCGUCGCGCAGGUCACAGAAGUGAAACAGGAGGAAAUCGAUCUAGACAACCUCUUUUCCGGCGAUCUGUUUGGCGAUGACGAGGCUCCCGCGGAACAACAUGGUCGAGAUGAGGUGGAUGAUUUGUUCGGCGACGGCGCGUUGUCUCCGGUCGCUGAGAACGGGGAGACGGGUGACGAUUUGUUUGGCGAUCACAAUUUGAUGAAAGGUAUCGAAACCAGCGCUGCCUUGCCACAUUCGGAAACUGCACAAGAUGAGGAUGGGGAUAUCGAUCUUUUCGGGGAUGUACCAGAGGAGUCCAUUGCCCAUCCAGAGGAGGACAUGGACCCGGCGACUUUGAAUGCUUGGAGAGAACAACAAGCUUUGUUUGCGAGGUCUGCCGCUGCUGCAACCGCAAUGCCUGGCCCUGAUCAUAUUCCUGCCCCACCCGAAAAUGACGAAGAGCUUUUGAAGUCUCUAUGGCCCAACUUUGACCGAGACUCGUUCCCGCGAUUUGUUGAGCUUUUCCGUCACAAGAAGGCAUUUUACCUUGGGAAGCAAGCCACCAAGCCUCCGAAACCCGUUCUGCCUACGAAAAUCAAUCUUGAGUUUGGUCUAGACCAGGAGCGAAUCUUCAAAACUGGCGGACAAGGGACUAAGCGUGCCCAUGAUUUUGAAAACUUAGGGCUAGUAUCAUUUCAGCAAGCUGAGGAAUCCCCCGUGGAAUCUGAGGAAGAUUUUGAUGCCGAGUUCGAUGAAUCAGAGAUUCUUCCCGGUGGCGUCACCAUGCAAGAUCUUCGUGUCUUGUGUACAGAUUGGGACGUUAAGACAGAGCCUUCAGAAAUCGAUGUUGAGGAAGAGGUUAUCCCGCAGGAGACUGCAGCUGCGCCAGUUGAUGAAAUGACGUGGUCACUUGAUAUGGAAGAUGUACCGCCCACGAAGAAGCGCAGACUAGGACGCGAUCCGCAUGAGCUGCUGGCGCUGGCUGACAUUGAAAUACCACUUCUUGAUGAUCCGGAUCGACUGACCUCGAAAAUCGCGAAGAAAGUCGUUAUUGAUUUGAAUGAUCCUCACCUGUUGCUUGAUAGCCGCCCUGAAGCCGUCGUACAGAAACCAAAGACCCUUCCUGUUCCUGACCGAGCUGAGAUGGAUGCCAACACAACCAAACGUCUGAAUAAACGAUACAACAUAUCUAAUGAUGAUGCGUAUGAUAUGCUGAAAGAGAACCAUCAGAGCAAAAUCCGAAGUACUCUUGGAAACGCAGCCCUUGAGCAUAGUAUGCCUGCUCUACGGCUGCAAUGGCCUUAUUACAAGACUGAAUUGUCGACAACUGAGGCUCGAUCGUUCCAUCGUCCAUCUCUAUCAUUCCGGCCGAAUGUCAGUUCAUGGUUCAAGAACUCUCGAUUCGUCAAACGCAAGCAUGUGAAAGGAAAGAAUGUUAAAGAACUUUACGAUUCUACCAAAUCCAUAUCUCUGGGAGAUAACUCGACAGUAAUGUUGCUAGAAUACUCGGAAGAAGUGCCCAUGAUGAUGUCGAACUUUGGUAUGGCAAAUCGUGUCGUCAAUUACUACCGCCGCAAGAACACAGAUGAUCCUACACGUCCUAAAGCCGAGAUUGGCGAGACGCAGGUGUUACUACCUCAGGACAAAAGCCCAUUCUCCAUUUUUGGACAUAUUGAUCCAGGAGAAACCACCCCGGCUAUUACAAAUACGAUGUAUCGUGCGCCCAUCUUCAACCACCAGCCAAAGUCUACGGACUUUUUAGUUAUUCGAGGCUCAACUGCGACUAAUGGCUCGGAUUACUUUCUAAAGAAUGUCGAAAAUCUCUAUGCAGUCGGGCAACAACUUCCUUCUACAGACAUUCCUGGACCGCAUUCACGAAAAGUCACAACUGUGGCUAAAAAUCGCUUGAAGAUGUUGACUUUCCGGUUGAUGAAGAAAGCAGGCAAUUUACAAGUAUCAAUCAGUCAAGUUACAGCACAUCUUCCAGGAUCUUCUGAUAUGCAGAAUCGACAGAAGAUGAAAGAUUUCGUCCAUCAUGACAAGGAUUCCAAAACGUGGGUUCCAAUUGGACAGAUUCCGGAUUCAGAAACCAUCCGGUCUUGGAUCCAGCCCGAAGACGUCUGUUUGUUAGAGUCUAUGCAGGUCGGAUUACAGCAUCUUCACGAUACCGGUCAUACGAACGGCGCCGAUGAAGAGGACGAAGAAGCCGAAGGGGAAAGCUUCGAGCAACAAAUGGCGCCAUGGCGUGCUACCCGCAACUUCAUGAUGGCCUCCCAAGGCAAAGCCAUGUUGAAGCUGCACGGUGAGGGAGAUCCGACUGGUCGUGGCGAAGGUUUCAGCUUCAUCAAGACAUCGAUGAAAGGCGGAUUCCAAGCCAUCGGCGAGAGUGCACAAGAAAAAAUGGAAAAGCGAGAACAAAAGGAAACGGGCGGACACAGCUACAACGUUGCAAGACAACAGAAGGCAUACGAACAAUCCAUUCGUCGUAUCUGGGAUGCCCAAAAGGCGAGUCUGUCAUCUCAGAUGGAAGCAUCCGACAACGACAGCGACAUGGAUCAAGACGAAGAGGAUGACUUCAAUAAACCUACCCCACGCGAAGCUGCAACCCCUUCUUUCCGCCGUGACGAUGAGAGUAUGAGUCAAUUCAGCAGAUUUAGCAGUCGCAGUCAGCGGGGUAAGGUGUUGAGAAUCGUGCGAGAUUUCAAGGACGAGAAUGGAAACGUCUACCAGAAGGAGCAAUUAGUCUGGGACCCCCGUGUUAUUCGGAAGUACAUACAGGCACGACAUCGUGUUGAAGCCAUCAAUACCCAACUUGCCGAAAUACAGCCAACCGGUGAUCCAGAAGUCGACGCUCGCAACAAGAAACUACUGGAAGCAGAAUUAACGCGUCUAAACCGCAACAAAGAACGCCGCUUCGCCCGCGAAAAACAAAAGGGCAUCGGCCGCGCUUCUAUCGGCGACUCCGAAGACACAGGAACCCCUUCAAAGGGUGGUGGAACCACGACACGGAAAUGUGCCAAUUGUGGUUUAAUUGGACAUAUUAAGACUAAUAAAAAACUUUGCCCGAAGUUGAAUGGUAGUGCCCCCCCUGAUGACGGCGUCAGUGAAACAGCGUUCUCGAUGGGUGCGGGAUCAACAUCUUUCUAA